AUUCAGGUCAGUAUGUGAGACUUUCCUAGGGAGCUGUGCCUUGUGUGGCAUAUUGUGGGUAUAAAGGUGUGCUUCUGGAUUAUUCUAAGCUCCUGCAGACUCAUCCUUUGGGUGUUUUCCACAGCUGUGGAAAUGCAGUUGUCUGUGCAGUCACGCUCCUUUCAACACUUUUUUUUUUUUCUAAUGUUGCAAAACUUAAAAUAAUUUAGUUGGAAGGGACCUUCAGAGAUCAUCAAGUCCAACUGCCUGAGCUCUUCAGGGCUAACAGAGUUAAUUGAGCGUUAUCCGUGUGCCUCUUGAACACUGACAAGCUUGGGGUGUGAAACAGCUCUUCAGUGUUUGUGCAUCCUCAUCCUCAUGCUGAAGUUUUCCUAAUGUCCUGUCUGAACAUCCCCUGGUGCAGCUUAGUACCAUUCCUGUGUGUCUUGUCAUCAGUCAUCAUUGAGAAGAGGUUGGAACAUCCCCUCCACUUACACAAUGGUACAACUUCAAUAGAUAAACUCUUAGAUAAACUCUGCUGCUUAGGGCAGAAUUUGUUUUCUGGUCUCAGUGCAGUCUUGGACAGUCUGUCCCUGGGAAGAGUGAGGGGCUGCUGGUGUUGAUACCAGUAACACACCGCACCAUCUGGUGUCAGUUUCGAGUAAUGAAGGCCCAUGGAAGCUCUCUUAGGUGGAUUCCAGUUUUAGAUGCAGAGAGGGCAGAGAUCCACCUGGAGCUGUGUGUCAUGUAUAAAUUGUAGAGAGGGACAUGAUUCCAGGGUUUCCUACUGAUUAAUAGGUUAUUUCAACUUCAUCACAAGAUGCAAGACUCCUUUUCUGCAGACAUUUGGAUAUGAUUUCAGAGCAAAGUACAUAAAAUUAAGAAUGUAGAAACUAAGAAAUCAAUUUUAGGUGUAUGUGCGCUCGUAUUGAAUUCAAUCCUAAAUACAACUGCAUAAAACCAAUGUGACAGAAGUGACUUUUCCAGAAAUACAGUAAGGAACCUUCAGAGAGAAUUAGUGCAAUUGAUCCACGUAGUGCCGUUCUGUUUGCUGAAAGCUGCUGGGAAAUGGGGCUGAGACCUCUUAGGAUAGGCUUUUUAGGAUUAGAGUCCCUAGUUCAAGCUAUGCAAAGCCUUCCAAUUAUCAGAUUGAUCUGAAUGCUUUGGAAAAUCCACUGUGUGAAGUCAGUGAUCUGUUGUUUGUACUACAGCUACUCAGUGCACUGAGAGUGGCUAGAUGUGUGUCUGCUUUCCGGGUUUGGAUUGGGGCUGUUUCCUUCCCCCUGUGUUCUGUUGACGUUUAAAGCUAAAUACUGCAUGCAGUCUGGGAUUUGAUGUUAGACUGGCAAAGGAUCUAAACUCAGGAACGUUUUCCUGGAAAGUCUCAACCUUUCCUAAGUGUUUGGUUUGCAGAAAGAAAGAUAACGUGUGUAUUUUUCUCAAUGGGUUCAAUAUUAAUCUGCAAUUUCCUGGAUUGAUGUUAAUGCUCAGAAAUGUGUUGGUUGUUCAUCUCUCUUCUACUUGGAGAAAUUAGCUCCUCUAAUUCAUUUUGAUGUUACCUAGCUAGGGUGGACUCCAAUUAAACCUGCCAAUUUUGCGUUAUGCAGCUCUCCUGCUGUUGCUGAAAAGUAGCAGGAAAGGCAGAAGAGCAAAGCAGGAGCACAGAAAGCACUUUCUAUUUUUAGGACAAGAUUGGCUUAUCGUGUCCCAGCUAGGCAGUUAGUAUUUCCAGUGCCCUCACAUGAGUGAAGGCUGUGUAAGGACUAAGUUAAAAUUAACUGCCCGGCCAUCAGCAGCCAUGGGGUCUGCACAGGAGCUAGAAGAGCUGGAUUCUCAGGCAGGAGCGGUUGCAGACACAGUUCUUGAGGUCGGAGAGAGACUGUUUCAGGUCAGCCGUGGGGCGCUUUCAUUACACAGCCGUUACUUUGAAGCGAUGUUUUUUGGGGGCACGAGGGAGAGCUCUGAGCACCACAUAGUGAUCAGAGGGAUUGAUGCAGAGCCUUUCCAGGCACUUCUUGAGUUCACACGCACAGCCCAAGUGCUCAUAGGUCAAGAAAAUGUGACCAGCUUGCUGGAGACAGCUGAUUUUUUUCAGUUUGAUAGGGUGAAACUGUUGUGUGAGAAAUUUCUGGAGAGAGAGCUGCACGUUUCCAACUGCCUGGGCCUGAUGGCCUACUCACAGCGUUUUGCCUUUAUAGAGCUGCAUGCAUCUGCCAUGAACGUUGCUCUCACCCACUGGGGGGACGUAAUGUCUCAGGAGGAAUUUAAGGCACUACCUAAAGAAACACUGAUGCAGUUCCUCAAAAGCGAUGACCUCUUUGUUCCUCGAGAAGACGUGGUAUUCGACAGCAUCAUGAUGUGGAUAAUGGAGGACCCAGAAACAAGAGAGAGAGACUUUUUGGAUUUGGUGGCUGAAGUCAGGGUCGGUUUUCUGAGUUUAUCCUUCCUUGAUAUCUUGGUGAAGCGCAGCAAACGCCCCGGGCAGGCAGAUACCUUCUCCAGACUGAUCAGGAGGUUGGACAGCUGUCCUCCACCCAGCUGGCAAAACGUGAUGCUGUGUCCUUGCACCAGUCGGAGCUACGACAACUUGUAUGUCCUGGGAGGAAAGCGUGACAAGGAACAGCAAGAAUUAUUUCUGUUUCAACCUAAAACGGGGACCUGGCAGGCUUGCUCUCCCUUGCAGCGCAGAAACCUCACCCAAUAUGCAGUGGCAGCAGUAGGAAGCUUCCUUUUCGUGACAGGAGGAUAUUUCCGAGAUGAGUUUGUGUGGUACAGUGUGGAUUGGGUGCUGAUCUACAACUGUCUGAGCAACAGCUGGCUGGAAGGCCCGGCAAUGAAGAAGUCUCGCAACAGCCAUUGUGCUGUAGGAGUAGGGCUCUACCUGUAUGUGCUUGGAGGGAACACGGAUGAAGGGAUCAUUGCAGAAGUGGAGCGCAUGGCAUUGGGGGACUCCGAGUGGGAAAGCAUGAGUCCUAUGGUUCAGCCUGUGGAGCGGGGAGAUGCGGUCAGUGUGGGAACCAGGAUCUAUGUGGUCUGUGGCCUGGAUGAAAAUGGACAUGUCUAUGAUGGAGUGCAAAGGUUGAACACAGAGACAGACAGCUGGGAUGUCAUCUCAUUUUCUCCACUUCCAAGGUACGAUCUCUGCAUCACAUCACUGAAUGGUGCUCUGUACACCAUAGGAGGGGAAGCUUUUCGAUUUGAUGUGGAAACAGAUGAAUGGACCCACGUGAAUGAAGAAUGCUUGACCCAGAAAUUCUUCAUGGGAUGCUGCACUGUGAAUGGACAAAUUUAUCUGCUUGGGCAGAGAAAGGGUAACAGUGCCAUCCCCAUUGUCGUCCUCUUUGAUCCCUAUGUUGAUAUGUGCCAGGUCAUAGACAACAAACUCCCGUGCCCCCUUCCUAUUCAUGGUUGUGUCUCUGUGCGAAGGUUUGAUACGUAGGCUAUGUCACACCUGGGAUACCACGAAGGAAAAUUCAUGUGCCUUACA